ACGUUCCAUCGUUCAAGCGACAAAGGGUUUUUCUUCUCCAGCUCCAUCAUGGAGAAGGUCAAGCGUUCCAAGGUGGCUUACUGGGGUAGCAAGCUCGCUGUGGAGAGUGAACCCAACCUCACCACCGCCCAGCUUAUGCUGUUCAACCACGAUCUCAAACCUGUUUGUAUCACUUAUAUAGGAACAUGAGACUACCUGCUAAGCGGUCAAGGUUGAACCUGCGCGUCGACAAUGGGGUGCCUGGAACUUUGUGGGUUUCUGGGUUGGUGUGUCAUAUGUACUCAAUUCGGAUCUGGACAUGGUCUAAUUCUCUUCGCAGCCGAUUCUUUCAACAUCAACACUUGGAUGAUUUCCUCAGCAAACAUUGUUGACGGUCUUUCAUGGUGGCAGUCAUGGAUUUGCGUCUGGCUUGGAUACACAAUCGCUGCUUGCUUCGUCUGCAUGACUGGCCGAAUCGGCGCAAUGUACCACAUUUCUUUCCCCGUCGUCAAUCGAGCUUCAUUCGGCGUCUGGGGCGCGCUAUGGCCAGUCUUCAACCGCGCAGCCAUGGCAUGCAUCUGGUACGGUGUACAGGCUUGGAUCGGAGGCACCUGCGUCUAUCUGAUGAUCCGAGCCAUCUGGAGCAACUGGCGCGAUGAAGAUGCGUUUGGUGGUGUCAAGAACGGAAUUCCUAGCUCCGGAACCACAACGGUGCACUUCGUAUCCUUCUUCUUCUUCUGGCUGGGCUCCCUCCCAUUCAUCUACCCCCCAGUUCACAAGAUUCGGCAUCUGUUCACUGUCAAGGCAUAUUUUGUGCCAACGGCGGGUGUCGCCUUCUUCAUCUGGGCUGUCGUCCGCGCUAAGGGAAUUGGUCCCAUCGUCCACCAGUCUGGUACAGCAAAGGGAUCUGCUCUCGGUUGGCUCAUGGUCCGCGGAAUCAUGUCGGCCAUCGCCAACUUUGCGACCCUAAUUGUCAACGAUCCCGAUUUUUCUCGUUUUGCUCGCAAGCCCUCAGACGCGUUUCUGCCACAGCUGAUCACUAUCCCCGUUGGAUUUGCCAUCACUUCCUUCAUCGGAAUCAUCGUGUCCUCAUCGUCGACUGUGAUCUUCGGCAAAGCUAUCUGGAACCCCCUGGACCUGCUAGAGGCAUUCCUAAAGGAAGGCGGCUCUGGUCAACGAUUCGGCGUCUUCAUUAUUGCUGCUGCCUUUACGCUUGCACAGCUUGGUACCAACAUUGCAGCCAAUUCCAUUUCCGCCGGUACCGACAUGACAGCCCUCGCCCCGCGAUGGAUCAGCAUUCGCCGUGGUGGAUACGUUUGCGCGUUCGUUGGUCUCGUCAUGUGCCCCUGGAAGCUCCUCUCAUCGUCAAACAACUUCACCACCUACCUGUCAGCUUACUCAGUCUUCCUCUCCUCCAUUGCAGGCGUCAUGAUCUGCGACUACUACUGGGUGCGUAAGGGCUACCUACAGAUUAAAGACCUGUACUCUGGCAAGAAAACCGGUCCAUACUACUACACAUUCGGCUUCCACUGGCGCGGUUACGCCGCCUACAUCGCGGGAAUCCUCAUCAACGUCGUCGGAUUCGCAGGUGCCAUUGGCAAACCAGUCCCCAUUGGCGCGAAACGCAUCUACGAUCUCAAUUUCUUCGCGGGCUUCCUCGUUGCUUCUCUCACGUACUAUGCGCUCUGCAAAAUCUCGCCUAUCCCCGCAACGAGCGACACGUGGAUGGAAGUCGGUGAUGAGAUUACUGAUGUCUCGGUUGCGUAUCAAGAUAGUGAUGCUGAUCGGUAUGAUGAGGAGGUCAUGCAUGGAGGCAGUGGGAAGCACGCGCCAAUGGGCGAGGCGAUGCACUCGAAGAACUUCUAAGGAUGGGUUUGCAGCUCUAGAGAUUUUUGAACACGGUGGUGCAUUGUUUUUUAAAAUGCGUUAUGAGAUAUCAUGUUGUACGCGCUGGAGUCGAAGUUGCUACCGAUUUUUACCUGGAGAUACCAGACCAGUCGACGGGUCACGAUCGAUCACUGUUCCCGUAAUGCCUCUAUUCCUUCUUACUACAUUCACAUUUGACUUCCUUCGCUUAUCGCUGGCGUGCACGUCACAGCAC